GCUUGUCUUUAAAACAGCAGCUUGUCACUGAAUCCUAGUGACAGUUAUGGAGCAUCUACUAGAUGCCCAGCUCCUGGGAUCCCAGGACUUCUCCUCCAGGGACAGACAGGUGAUGAAAUUGGCCUUCAAACGAGCCCUGAAGGAUCGGGGGGUGGGAUGGCUGCCAGACAAGGGUCAGGCUGACGUGUGUGACCCCUUGCUGAAAGAGGGGGUUAGGGUUAGGGUUAGGGUUAGGUUGUCCUGUCUGACGAUGAGGAAGCUGCUGGCUCAGAAGGUAAGGGCCCUGUCCAGGUCCCAAGGGAGAGACAGCAGAGCUGGGAGCCUUUCCACCUUGGAAAUGGGACAGGGGAGGAAGGAUAACCUCGUUUUUUGUGCAUUUCUGUCUGUUGGGAAAGUUCUUCCCUUGUCACCUCAGGUGGUUCUCUCCCAAACCCUGGAGGCAGGGAUUGUCUCUGGGGUAGGGCUGCAGGCGCAUUGGCCUCCAGGCAGAGGGCACAGCUGUGCAGAAACGCAGAGGCAGGAAAGCGUGGAUGGCUGGAGCCACUUCUCAGUUAGCUCUGGGCUGGGGCUACCUCUGCCCUCAGCCUUCAGCCCUGUGGGAUGUCAAGGCCAGGGCCUGGCACACUUCACGUCACUUUUUUACCAGGGACUUACCUGAGUGGCUUCCACGGGGAGGUGCUGAGGAUUCCCACCAGGGCGGGAGUCUGGGGGGGGCCCCUGUGGACUCUGCUGCUCCUCUCCCCAGGACGAGCCUGCAGCCGGCCACGAAAGUAAGACUCUUCUGCAGGGAGCACACACAGCUCUUCCGAUGGAUCCUCAUAGGCCUGCUUUGCACCGCAUAUGCAGCUUUCCUGCUGAUUGCCUGCCUCCUGGAUUUCCAGAGGUCCCUGGCACUGUUUGUCCUCACCUGUGUGGUCCUCGCCUUCCUGGCAUACAGCUUGCUGAAGAGGUUUCUGGGGCCAAAACUGGUGAGGUGUGUCAAGUCUCUUGGGAAUUCCCGCCUGAACCUCUGGUUUAAGAGGGGUCUUGCCCUGGCUGCUUUGCUGGGCCUGUUCCUGUGGCUGCUUCUGGACACCUCCCGGCGGCCUGAGCAGCUGGUAUCCUUUGCAGGAAUCUGCGUGUUCAUCAUCAUCCUCUUUGCCUGCUCGAAGCAUCAUAGUGCGGUAUCCUGGCGGGCCGUGUCCUGGGGCCUUGGGCUCCAGUUUGCACUUGGGCUCUUUGUCAUCAGAACAGAACCAGGAUUUGUGUCAUUCCAGUGGCUGGGAAACCAAAUCCAGAUCUUCCUGAGCUACACCGAGGCCGGCUCCAGCUUCGUCUUUGGGGAUGCUCUAAUCAAAGAAGUUUUUGCUUUUCAGGUGUUGCCCAUCAUUGUUUUCUUCAGCUGUGUCAUGUCAGUGCUCUACUAUGUGGGCCUCAUGCAGUGGGUGAUCCUUAAGAUUGCUUGGUUGAUGCAGGUCACCAUGGGCACCACGGCCACGGAGACCCUUAGUGUGGCUGGAAACAUCUUUGUGAGCCAGACCGAGGCUCCUCUACUGAUCCGGCCCUACUUGGCAGACAUGACACUCUCUGAAGUCCAUGUUGUCAUGACCGGAGGCUUCGCCACCAUCGCGGGCAGCCUGCUGGGAGCCUACAUCUCCUUUGGGAGACUCUCAGAACCUCUUAGAUGCAGCCAGCAGCGGCGCCACCCUCUCGGUGAGGGUCGUAGCCAACAUCGCGGCCAACCUGAUUGCAUUCCUGGCUGUCCUGGCCUUCAUCAACGCUGCCCUUGCCUGGCUGGGGGACCUGGUGGACAUCCAAGAACUCAGCUUCCAGGUACAGUUCUCGGCUGCCCCACUCCACCGGUGGAGAGGACGAUCCUGGGCUCAGCCUGGAGCAGCCCUGCCUGGGGGAUGGUUGCCAGCCCAGCAGAGCCAGGCCCAGCCCUCGGUGCCCUGCUCCUCCUCUUGCUCUUUCGUCCUCAGCUCAUCUGCUCCUACAUCCUGCGCCCUGUGGCCUUCCUGAUGGGCGUGGCCUGGGAGGACUGCCCGGUGGUGGCCGAGCUGCUGGGGAUCAAGCUGUUUCUGAAUGAGUUUGUGGCCUAUCAGGAGCUCUCCAAGUACAAGCAGCGCCGCCUCGCAGGGGUCGAGGAGUGGGUCGGCGCCAGGAAGCAGUGGAUCUCCAUCAGAGCAGAAAUCCUCACGACAUUUGCCCUCUGUGGAUUUGCCAACUUCAGCUCCAUUGGGAUCAUGCUGGGAGGCCUGACCUCCAUGGUUCCCCAACGGAAGAGCGACUUCUCCCAGAUCGUGCUCCGGGCACUCUUCACUGGGGCCUGUGUGUCCCUGGUGAACGCCUGCGUGGCAGGGAUCCUCUACAUGCCCAGGGGGGCUGAGGUCAACUGCACGUCCCUCCUGAACACAACCCUCAGCAGCACAAGCUUUGAAGUGUACCAGUGUUGCCGGGAGGCCUUCCAGAGCCUGGAGUUCAGCACAGAGGCCCUGGACAACUGCUGUCGAUUUUACAACCACACGAUGUGUGCAUAGCAGGGACCGAAUGUCUUUGUGCCUUCUGGGGGCUGUUCUUUCCCCAGGAGGCUGCUGACCCCACCUUGUGCUCUCCAGACACCUCUCCAGGCACACACUGGGAAGGGGUGAUGGUGUGAGCAGACAGAGGGUGAGUGAGUGCAAAAAAGUGAAGGAUGACUCCCUUGCCCAGCUGCCUUCCGGCUCCCCCAUUUUCUACCACCCCAAACGUGAAUUCUCAGGGUUACCUCUGCUUUCUCCUCUCUCACCUCCACAUCCAAACAGCACCCUGGCCAUAUACAUUCUCCCCCACUGGGGGUCUCUCACACGCGCCUUUCCCUUCUGUCACUUGGCACCCCCCAAACCCAGGCAGGCUCCUCCCCUCACCCCUGACCUCUCAGCCUCCGGCCUCCAGGGUUUUAGGAUCAUACCCUUGCUCACCCCUGCCAGGUGGUUUCCCCUAGAGACCCCCUCCUCCACUUUGAGAGACUCUCCCACUGCCUUCCUCCAUAGCACUCCUCAGACUGGGUGUCUUUCCUGUGGAACACUGUUCUGUGAGGUAAGAGGGCUCCAGUACCAAACAGUUUUAGAAAAUGCUGGGCUAAAAAGAUGGGUUUCUUUACCGUGGGCUGGUCAGAGCUUGCUGUGGCCAUGAUACAAAUAAUUUUACAAAUUUAUUUGACCACAAGAACCUUUUUAGAUGGAAGCAUCUCUUAGUUGAGGGUUCAGUGGAAUACAAUUUGGGAAAGUGUUAAUGUUCAAACUGCUUUUCCGUACAUAAUUGUAACACCAGCAAAUGUUUAUGCAGCACUGUGUGCCAGACACUGUUCUAGGUGCUUUAUAAUUUUAGCUCAAACUUUGACAACAAUUCUAUAAGGUAGAGACUAUUAUUAUCCCUGAUGGAGGAAUCAGAGGCUCAAAGAGGUUAAAGUAACUUGCCUAAAUCAACGCAGCUGGAAAGAGGAAGAGUCAGGAUUUGAGCCCAGCCAUCCAGUUCCACAAAUUGUAGUGCUUAACCUCUCUACUAGCUGCUAAGGUAAAAGGAACUCUGUUGGGCGGCCUUGCCUCUUCCUUCUCCAGCUCUUUCUCCACCCUGAGUUUCUGCCUGCCUGUAAUCCUUUGCCUCUUGAGUUCCCAUCACCCAGCAUGUCCUCUCUUUCUCCUUUCAGCCUCUGCUAGUCCUACCUCAAUUCUCAUUUUCCCCAGAAGCUUUGGCUACAGGGACCUGUGAUGUACCCUAUCCAUGUGGCCACCCCUACCCUCACCUGCUCCCAUCAGGCCAGGCUUCCCAGUUUGUGCCAGUCCCGGCCCAAGGCAGAGGGAACGGGAGACCCUGGUCAGCAGUUACCCAGCUGGGCCCCACAUGGCCGGGUCACUGCUUUGCUCCACACUUCGGUUCCACUGGGCACUGGCCUCGCUCCCUGGCUGGGGAUCCUUGUCCUCAGGGCCGGAGUCCUUCCACAUAGCUCUGCAAAGCAGAGUCUUGGCCAGACUCCCAUACCCCAUGGCUAGGCCCUUGGCCUUGCUCUCUGCAGCUCCUGACUCAGCCCCUACCCCCUUGCUCCAGUUCUCCCUGGGGAAUACAACCAUCUCCCAUUACAUAAAAUCACUCUGUCAAAAUUCUGUAAAAGUUUCUGAAUGUGACUCUCAAUUUCUGUGUUUAUGUUUAUAUUAUUACAGACAUAUAAACAGAUUGUGGACUUCACUAGUU